AUGUUCCAUAGAUUCCAUUUACGAAAGAAGCAAGUCUCUUCUCAUGAGAUUUCACCUGAGGCAAAGGUUGAAUAUAAGUUUAUUAGAAGCGAUAAACGUUCUUUUAUAAAUCACAUUUGCACACUGUGUGACGAACCAAUUGCAUAUAAGUCAGGAGGUGAGAAAGUCAUAGAGUUGGAAUGUGGGCAUAUGUGUCAUAUGGACUGUUUGAUGCUAUUUGUAAAUAGUACAGCAUUACCUAUCUGUAAAUAUUGUAAAAAGUUCAACAACCGGGCGAAAGAAUGUAUACCAAAAGAAAACUGCUUGAAAGAUACGCUCAUAUCACAGUAUUUGGUUAAUAAUAAAAUGAAUAGUCCUGUGCAUGAAACAAGUCAUAAAUCAAUUGAUAAACAUUCCAACCAGAAAUAUACUAGUUCCACUUCUCAAAAUAAAGAAGAGUAUCCUAUUCAUUUAUUGAGAACUUUUUUCAGCGAUUGGUUUAUUAAUCAAAGUAAAGAAUACACAACCAUCACACCAUGGGAAUUAGAUCACAAUUUUGGAUUACUGCGUUUGGUCGAUAAAUUUGAAAUUUCUUAUUAUCCAUUCAUCAAAAAAAAAUUGGCUGUUUGUCUUUUGUUUGAAAACAUAUUGGCCAUUGUUCAAGUCCAAAGAGAGUCCAUUAAAUGCAAUGAGUUUUCAGAAAUUCAUGCAGAAUCAAUACAUCUGUAUCAUACAGAAAAUUCCAGAGCUGACUUGAAAUAUCAAAAGAUAGACUAUAUUAACUGCCAGAUUAGAAAAGCUGAUUAUACUGGAAAUAAGCUGAGAAUUUCUCUAUCAAAUACCACACUUAGAAUGUUCGAAAUUGAAACAGAAAAAAAUGGGGUACUUCUAAACUGGUUGAGAGGUUUUCAUGACAAAAAGCAAAUGUUUGAUGCUAAAUAUUUCACUUCAAAUUGUCUCGAGCUUCCUGUGAUGCAAAUUUUCGAAAAUGAAAGUACGAUUUUGGGACUAUUCAACUCCAAUCGAUUGAUAGAGAUGGGAUCAAUAAAUUCGGUGCACAAUAGUAUAAUCCUUAGGAGAAGUUUUUAUUUACGAAACAGCAUGGAAACUGACAUAAUGGGUACAUAUAAUACCAUAACUUCAUCAGUUCUUUCUAUCAAAAAGGAAAAGCCAUCAGAUAUACUGUUGUUGAUCCAGAUUGAUGAACAAAAGAUCACAGAUCAAAAAGAUCAAAUCAAGCAAGUUAUCAAAAACACUUUAAUGGCUCUCAAAUUGAAAUAUCCAGAGUAUUUCUUAGUGAUUUUAUCCGCAACUGGGGAGGUGUUAUUAAUGGAUUCAAUAGACAGGUUAAAUCUUGAUAACCAACUCCUUUCUGGUGAAGAGCCAAAAAAUCCAUUCCGGUUAGAGAUUUCAUCAAUCAGGACGCAUGUCUAUGGCACUUCAAUAUUAGAAAAUUUGGCCAUUGUAGCUGUGUCAAAUUCAGCAAUGGUGGAAACAACGUCUAUAUUAUUCAAAAACUUUAGUCCUCUAAUUUCUAAAGGGCGGCUUCGUCCAAAUGAGAUACGGAUUAAAGUUGGAUAUUCUAAUAACGACUAUUCCGACGUCGUAAGUGAAUUGGUAGAAAUUGAAAGUUGGGAUUACUUAUUAGAGGCGCUAUGCCAUACUUUUAGCUUGGAUUAUGAUGACGAUUACACAUCAUAUGAAACUUCUUAUGAUAUAAAUAGUCUAGAAGCAGAUUCAGUUACAACGUUAGAAAUAGAAUCACCCUUCAAAUAUGACCAUUUGUAUACUAAUGUCGGCAACCACUCGUCAGAGAAUAUCUAG